AUGGCAGAAGAGGAUCCAUAUUUGGGAGGGCAUGAACAAAUGUUUCAUUUGGAGCCUUUGAAUCAUACAAUAUUUAACUCGGAAAUAUUUCAACCAGAGAUGCCAAUGCCAACAGCAGAUGGCCCAUACCUUCAAAUAUUAGAGCAACCUAAACAGAGAGGAUUUCGUUUCCGUUAUGUCUGUGAAGGCCCAUCCCAUGGCGGACUCCCCGGUGCAUCUAGUGAAAAGAACAAGAAGUCCUACCCUCAGGUCAAAAUCUGCAACUAUAUGGGACCUGCAAAGGUCAUUGUCCAGCUGGUCACAAAUGGAAAGAGCAUCCACCUGCAUGCACACAGCCUGGUGGGGAAGCACUGCGAGGACGGCAUCUGCACCGUGACGGCCGGACCCAAGGACAUGGUGGUCGGCUUUGCAAACCUAGGCAUACUUCAUGUGACAAAGAAAAAAGUAUAUGAGACACUGGAAGCACGGAUGACAGAUGCGUGCAUUAGGGGCUACAAUCCCGGACUUUUGGUACAUCCGGAUCUUGCCUAUUUGCAAGCAGAAGGUGGAGGAGAGCGGCAGCUCACAGAUCGGGAAAAGGAGAUCAUCCGCCAGGCGGCUCUUCAGCAGACAAAGGAGAUGGACCUCAGCGUGGUGCGGCUCAUGUUUACAGCUUUCCUCCCGGACAGCACCGGUAGCUUCACCAGGCCCCUGGAGCCCGUGGUAUCAGACGCCAUCUACGACAGCAAAGCCCCCAAUGCUUCCAACUUGAAAAUCGUACGGAUGGACAGGACAGCGGGAUGCGUAACUGGAGGGGAAGAGAUUUAUCUUCUCUGUGACAAGGUUCAAAAAGAUGACAUCCAGAUUCGAUUUUAUGAAGAGGAAGAAAAUGGUGGAAUCUGGGAAGGAUUUGGAGAUUUUUCCCCAACAGACGUUCAUAGACAAUUUGCCAUCGUCUUCAAAACACCAAAGUACAAAGAUGUCAAUAUCACCAAACCAGCCUCCGUGUUCGUCCAACUUCGGAGGAAAUCUGACUUAGAAACUAGCGAGCCAAAACCUUUCCUGUACUAUCCUGAAAUCAAAGAUAAAGAGGAAGUGCAGAGGAAGCGGCAGAAGCUCAUGCCCAACUUUUCGGACAGUUUCGGAGGCGGCGGUGGUGCCGGGGCUGGAGGUGGAGGCAUGUACGGCAGUGGCGGUGGAGGAGGCGGCGCUGGAACUACCGGUCCAGGAUAUGGCUUCCCCCACUAUGGAUUUCCAACAUACAGUGGAAUUACCUUCCACCCUGGAACCACUAAAUCUAAUGCUGGGAUGAAGCAUGGAAUCAUGGACACCUCAUCUAAAAAUGACCCUGAGGGUUAUGACGAGAGUGAUGGCAGAGGGGCUGUACGUCUCUCUGGGAAAGUCACUGAAACCACAGAACCAGAUAAGGGAUCGGGCCAGAGGGACGAGGAGGGCACUCUGACGUAUCCAGUGGGAGUAAAGAAAGAGAAUUCUAGGUUUCAGGAUAACCUCUUUCUGGAGAAGGCUCUGGAGCUCGCCAAGCGGCAUGCCAAUGCCCUGUUUGACUACGCGGUGACAGGAGACGUGAAGAUGCUGCUGGCUGUCCAGCGCCAUCUCACUGCAGUACAGGAUGAGAAUGGGGACUGUGUCUUACACUUAGCAAUCAUCCACCUGCAUGCUCAGCUUGUGAGGGAUCUGCUAGAAGUCACGUCCGGUUUGGUUUUGGAUGACAUUAUCAACAUGAGGAAUGACCUCUACCAGACACCCUUGCACUUGGCCGUGAUCACCAAGCAGGAGGCUGUGGUGGAGGACUUGCUGAGGGCUGGGGCCGACCUGAGCCUUCUGGACCGCUUGGGGAACUCUGUUUUGCACCUUGCUGCCAAAGAAGGACAGGAUAAAAUUCUCGGGAUUUUACUCAAGCACCAGAAGGCAGCUCCUCUGAUCAACCACCCCAACGGGGAAGGUCUCCACGCCAUCCACGUGGCCGUGAUGAGCAACAGCAUGGCGUGCCUGCUGCUGCUGGUGGCCGCAGGGGCGGAUGUCAAUGCACGGGAGCAGAAGUCCGGCCGCACGGCACUGCACCUGGCCGUGGAGCACGACAACAUCUCCUUGGCUGGCUGUCUGCUUCUGGAGGGCGAUGCCGAUGUGGACAGCACCACCUACGACGGGACGACACCCCUGCACAUCGCGGCUGGGAGAGGCUCCACGCGGAUGGCGGCUCUUCUCAAAGCAGCAGGAGCAGAUCCCCUACUGGAGAACUUUGAGCCUCUUUAUGACCUGGAUGACUCGUGGGAAAGGGAUGGAGAUGAUGAAGGGGUUGUACCUGGAACCACACCUCUCGAUAUGGCCACCAACUGGCAGGUAUUUGACAUACUAAAUGGGAAACCAUAUGAGCCCGAGUUUACAGCUGAUGAUUUACUGGCACAAGGAGACAUGAAGCAGCUGAACGAAGAUGCGAAGUUGCAGCUCUACCAGUUGCUGGAAUUUCCCGAUCCAGACAAAAACUGGGCCACUCUGGCGCAGAAAUUAGGGCUGGGGAUACUCAAUAACGCCUUCCGGCUGAGUCCUGCUCCUUCUAAAACUCUCAUGGACAAUUACGAGGUGUCUGGGGGGACAGUACGAGAGCUGCUGGAGGCCCUGAGGCAGAUGGGCUACACUGAGGCCAUCGAGGUGAUCCAGGCAGCCUUCUGCCCGCCCGGCACGGCCGCCCCCGGCUCCGCCAAGACCGCCGCGCAGGCCCACCCCCGGCCUCUCUCGCCUGCCUCCACCAGACAGCAGCUGGACGAGCUGGGAGACGACAGCAUCUGUGACAGCGGCGUGGAGACGUCCUUCCGCAAACUCAGCUUCACAGACUCUCUGACCGGCGGCAGCCCGCUACUCGCGCUGCACAAGAUGCCCCACGACUACGGGCAGGAAGGACCCAUCGAAGGCAAGAUUUAG